CUUGUCUAUUUUCAACAUGACUCCAUUAACAAAAUACUAUGCAAAGAUUUUUGGCGUGGGCUUAGCCAUUGGUGGUGCAAUGGAAGUCUUAUUAAUCAAGAGUAAUUACUAUCAAAUGUUGGCUGCUUCAGAAGCCAAGCAGAACAUGAAGGAUCUCGUACAGGAACAGGAAGACUUGGAACGUUACCAACGCAUGAAAGCUGCUGCUAGUUCUUCUUCUUCCUAAAACUCACUCGUGUUUACAUUUACCCUUCUCCCCUUUUUAUUUUUAUUUUUGCAGAAACCUGUAAGGAGCUAUUCGCAUAACAAUAAAAUGCUCUCCUUUUAUUUAAUUAGAAAAUAGUUUCGGACACAGUACAAAUUUGGAAUUUCAGUGUCUUUUUCAUAAACAGUUGGUCGGUAGGGAGAGUCUUUUAUGCAUUACCUGUCAAAAAAACUAGGCUCGAGAGGUG